AUGGAAAAUUAUAAAUCAUAUCAAAAAGUUAUUAACUUAUCUAUACUACCUAAAUCAAAACCUGAAAAGGUAAAGGUAAGUAAGCCAGUCAAGAAGAGAACUAAGACUGGAUGUUUCACAUGUAGAAAGAGAAAGAAGAAGUGUGAUGAAAUCAUCGAAGAUGGUAAAUGUAAGAAUUGUACCAGAAACUUUUUAUGUUGUAGUUGGCCAACUGAUAGAAUAGAAAUCACUAACGACAAAGCCAUUGGUAUCAAUACCAGUGUUAUUGAAUUCAAACCUGAACCAGUAAACGUGGAAAACAUUUCAAAAAUAGAACCAUUAUCACCUAAUCUUCUUCCUUUUGAACAUAAAUUCGAUGGUAGAUUGAGUCCAAAAAUGAUUGAAUCAAAUGAAAGAGAGAGAAAAUUGAGUAUAAGUUCAGAUAAUUCUAUUAAUGAACCAUUAACUCCAAAAUCUCCACAAUUAUAUGACAAUGAAGAAGUUUACAAACAUCAAAUAACUGAAAAAUUCCAAAAUAUCAUGGAUAAACCUUUGGUUAUGGAAACCAAAUCAAAAAAUAUUGGUUUGGAUAAUAAAUUUAUUGUUACUUCAAUCCAAAAUAAUAAAUUAUGUUCUUUAUGA